AUGGACGCUCUCAUGAAUGCUACGACUACCCUUACAACCGAAGUAAGGAAAGAAAUUGAAGUGAGGGAUAAAUCUCAUAAAGCGUUGGAGAAGCAAAUGGGCCAACUCGCGGAGGAAAUAGCUCAAAUGAAGGGAAUCAUGGGAAAGCUUCCAAGUGACACUAUAGUGAACCCGAAGCAUCAAGGUUCUAGCACAAGCAACGUGAGGAAUGCACGCAUUAGCGCGGUAAGUAUUCUUUCAAAUGAUGAGGUUUGUAGUAGUGUUGAAAGCAUUCCACCACCACAGUGCGUUGAUGGUGUAGUGGAAGAUAUAAGUGAUGAGCCGGAAAGUGAAAAUGAACAAGAAAUGACUUCACAAAGACGAGAGGUGGGAAAAUUUAAACAAGCAAAAAUUAAUUUACCGUUACUCGAUGACAUUAAAAAGGUUUCGGCUCAUGUGGAAUGCUUAAAGGAGUUAAGCAUCGAAAAAUGGCACAACAAAUUACCCAAACCGGUUGAUUUGAUAUCUCAUGUGAGUGCCGUUUUAUCGAGUGCCCUUCCUCAAAAAGCUCAAGAUCCAGGAGAUCCUCUCAUUCCGAUUCAAACUGGAACAUUUAAAAUCGAGAGGGCUCUCCUCGAUCUUAGAGCUUGUGUGAGCAUUUUACCCGAGAGUUUGUAUGACCAAUAUGAUUUUGGUCCAUUGAAAAAAUUUGAUACUCCCGUGGUAUUGGCCGAUCAGACUUCCACGCAUCCACAGGGGAUGGUGGAGGAUGUGAUUGUUAAGGUAGAUGAUUGCUACUACCCAGUUGACUUUUUGGUAGUAGACUAUGUUGGGUGUGUUGAGGACACCCAACCGGUAGUUAUCUUGGGUAGACCGUUCUUGGCAACUGCUAAUGCCAUAAUAAAUUGUGCAACGGGAACAGUAAGCGUGAAGUUUGGGGACCGGGAAUUAAAUUUAAAUAUUUUUCCAAAUUUUACUAACCCACUCGGUAAGGAUAAGUGUCCUAAAAAGGACAUGAAUCCAAACAAAAAGAUAUGUGCUAUGGUUGGCAGGGUUGGAGAAACAAAGAAGAAGACGGUCAAGAAAAAGAAGGCGAAGAAGUCACCUCUAGAAAAGAAGAAGGAAGAGGAGGUGAGGAAGUUUGGACCGUUUGGCAACAAAUGGUAUGAAUCACCGGUGGGUGAUUUCGAGGAGUUAGUAGGUGGCAAGCACGCCAUCUGGCCACCAUGA